AUGCCCAGUGCCACAAUUCGUCAAGAAAGCAACGCACUUGAACAGAUAGAGAUGAUGAAGCAUUCGGAUCGUGGGUGCAAUGAACUUGUGCGUGUCAUGGAUCGCAUCUAUGAAGAAUGUGCAAGGAUUCUCUUGCCAAGCAAUGCGGAAUGGCUACAAGACCGGCACUACGUGAAAUUAAGCAAGUCGCAAGGUGUGUCGGCAGAUCAAAAGAAGAAAGUCGCAAUCUUGGAGAGAUUUGCCAAGGGGCUCUUUAUUCUUGUCAAAAAGAUGCUGCAGCAUACCAUGGCCUAUCGGAUUGCGAGAGCAAUCAUUGUAGACAAUGCAACCAAGGCCAGCUUGCCAACGUUUUUAGUGAUCUAG